AUGGCGGCCUCGCGUCACAGCGAACGCGACGGCUUGUCCGACCUGAGGAAAGAGAGGCAGAGAAAGGCCGGGAAAAUGGCGCCCUCUCCUAGCAAGCGUAAAGAACGGUCUGAGGACAGGUCUAAGGAUCGGACUAAAGAAAAGGCUGCAGGAAAAGAGACAGCAGAGAAAGACCGUGGACGAGACAAGACCAGAAAGAGACGCAGUGCUUCCAGUGGCAGUAGUAGCAGCAGAAGCUCCCGCUCCAGUUCCUCUUCAAGUUCAUCAUCUGGGUCCAGCUCCGGAUCUAGUUCAGGGUCCAGCUCCUCAUCUGCAUCCAGCCGCUCUGGAAGUUCCAGUUCAUCCCGCAGCUCAAGCUCUAGCAGCUCUUCUGGUUCUCCCAGUCCUUCUCGCCGUAGACAUGACAACCGAAGGCGUUCACGCUCCAAAUCCAAGCAGCCAAAACGUGAUGAAAAGGAGAGAAAAAGGCGAAGUCCAAGCCCACGGCCCACCAAAGUCCACAUUGGGAGGCUGACAAGAAAUGUUACAAAGGACCACAUUCUAGAGAUCUUUUCCACCUAUGGGAAGAUUAAAAUCAUCGACAUGCCAGUAGACCGCUGUCACCCGCACCUUAAUAAGGGUUAUGCCUAUGUGGAGUUUGAGGCAGCAGAUGAAGCCGAUAAAGCCCUAAAACACAUGGAUGGAGGACAGAUUGACGGGCAGGAGAUAACCGCUACAGCAGUCCUUACCCCUCUGCGUGUGAGGGGAGGGCCCCGAAGAUUCAGCCCACCUCGUCGGAUGUUACCCCCUCCCCCUAUGUGGCGUCGGUCUCCCCCGCGGAUGAGGAGGAGGUAG